ACGACGACGUUUGACCUCUUUGCCCCACCAGAUCUCUCUCCCCGUAGGUGUCAUUUCUCUCAACGAAUCUCCAUUUUCUUCUACGGUUCUACCCCAACAGCAAAUCCAAAACCACCUCAUCUUCUUCAUGUAAAAGGACCCAAAACUCAUUUCCCAAUUCUCAUUUUUCACAAAACAAUACCGUAAAGGAAAAGCUUUUUGCUUCACAAAAAUGGCGACACGGCUCGGGUCAUUGAAGGAGAAGCUGCUCUCGGUUAAGGACUACUCAGAGCUGGGCUUAAGCAUCGUUGAGUCCAACGAAGAAGACCCACAGCGUUGUUGUUGCUCGUACGGGGUCAUUUGCGAUAAAAUCACGAGCUGUAGAAAGAGAUUGCUCGAUGUAUUUGGUGAGGCUGUGCGUAUGGGCAAGUCUGAUCCAAGAAAGAUUGUGUUCGCAGCGAAGAUGGGUCUGGCUUUGAUGCUUAUUUCACUUUUGAUUUUCUUGAAAGAACCUGUCAAAGAGCUCAGUCGUUACUCUGUUUGGGCUAUUCUUACUGUUGUGGUUGUGUUUGAGUUCAGUAUAGGAGCAACACUUAGCAAAGGAUUUAACCGUGGGUUGGGGACAUUGUCAGCUGGAGGGCUCGCUCUUGCUAUGGCAGAGCUGUCAGAGUUAGCUGGAGAGUGGGAAGAAGUUUUAAUUGUUAUUAGUAUCUUCAUCAUAGGAUUUUUGGCUAGUUAUGCAAAGCUAUACCCUACAAUGAAGCCUUAUGAAUAUGGGUUUCGGGUGUUCUUGUUGACGUAUUGUUUCAUAAUGGUAUCUGGGUAUAGGACAAGGGAAUUUAUUCACACAGCUGUAACACGGUUCUUGCUCAUUGCGUUGGGUGCUGGUGUUUGUUUGGUAGUAAAUAUAUGCAUUUAUCCCAUCUGGGCUGGUGAAGAUCUGCACAACUUGGUGGUGAAAAAUUUCAGGAAUGUGGCAACUUCUUUGGAAGGUUGUAUUAACAGGUACCUCAGUUGUAUUGAAUAUGAGAGGGUCCCUUCAAAAAUACUUACAUACCAAGCUGCCGAUGACCCAGUUUACAGUGGCUACAGAUCAGCUGUAGAAUCAACAAGCCAAGAGGAUGCUCUGGUGGGAUUUGCUGUUUGGGAGCCACCUCAUGGUCCUUACAAGUCGUUUAAAUAUCCAUGGAAGAAUUAUGUCAAAGUCAGUGGUGCACUAAGGCAUUGUGCAUUCAUGGUUAUGGCGUUGCAUGGAUGCAUACUUUCAGAAAUACAGGCUCCAGAGGACCGGAGACAGGUCUUUUGUCAUGAACUGCAGAGGGUGGGUAUUGAAGGUGCUAAAGUGUUACGUGAACUUGGGAAUAAAGUUAAAAAGAUGGAGAAAUUAGGUCCAGUUGACAUACUCUGUGAAGUGCACGAGGCUGCAGAAGAAUUGCAAAACAAAGUUGACCGAAAAUCUUACCUUCUUGUCAAUGCAGAGAGCUGGGAAAUUGGAACCCGGGAGAAGGCUCAGGGAGAACCCCAGGAAUUACUGAACUUGGAUGAUGAAGAAAACAAAGUGCUAGAAUAUAAAUCCCGUAGUGAAGCUGUACUUGAUCUCAGAUCAAUUACCAUACCUAAGAAUUGGGAAUUCCGUAGCCCAAACAUAGAUGUGAAGUCCAAAUUGAUACCUGAAGUUCCCCCUGAAAUGCAGAAACAGAUAUCAUGGCCAGCACGUAUCUCAUUUGAUGCUGAUGCAAUGCCACAAUUGGAAAAAUCAAAAACAUAUGAAAGUGCAAGCGCAUUGUCUCUAGCGACUUUUACUUCACUUUUGAUUGAAUUUGUUGCCAGGCUGCAAAAUGUUGUUGACACGUUUGAAGAGUUAAGUGAGAAAGCAGACUUUAAGGAACCCAUCGAUCAAUCAGCAGAGGCAGCACAGCCAACUGGGUUCUGGACCAGUUUGCGGAGAUGGGUGAAGUUCUAGAAUAAAAAUAGAAGGAUCUUCUUGUUUAGAAUCAUGAGACAUGAAACUCAUCAAAUCUUAUAUGGAUCUGAGAGCAGCCAUUUGGUGGAAUCACAGCCAGCUUAUGACAUCAGUUUCACGAAUUUUUAAUGUACAUUGGUCUCAGUUUCUGAAAUCAGAAGACAAUGGAAGUUGAUUUCGGAACAGCAAAGUUUCUUACACAAGAAAUAGUGUACAAACUACUUUUUCAGUCGUAGUUUAUCUAGGAUAGACUGGUAGAUGCAAUAUCUGGAUGACAA